GUCGUUUUGGUUUUUUCGACAUGCAGUGCGACUUCUAGCGACAUGAGCAACAACAACGACGACGGAGCUCCAGCGGCAUUGUCGACAGCGACUAGUCCGUCGGUGAAGAUCGAGGGCUACCUGUUCAUCCGCAUCUUCAAGCGGCGACGGCGCUAUUGCGUCCUGACUGGUCGAACGCUGUGCAUUUUUGGCUCCAAGGAUGAGGCUGCCGCCGUGGACAAGGCACAAGCUGCGCGCGCAUCGUGCUGCGUCGUGGGGGUCAAGGACUUGUCCGACUUGGACAAAGGCACGAAGGAGACGUUGGUGGGUACGGCGUCGUUUCAGAACGCGCUCAUUGUGUCCACGCUCAAAUCCAAGUUGAUUGUCGUCGAAGCCGACACCAAGACCGAGAAGGACCGAUGGCUGCAUGCGAUGAUGUCGCUCAACUAUUGCACCGACGACGCGGAGCGGGAUGUCGUCCGCGACAGCCUCAACCAGCCCGAUUUCGACGCCCAGCGUGCUGUCACGCUACUGUACAAGUACCGGGACAAUGCUGUAGCCAUGGACCUCAUCGUGGGCCAUCUGUCGCAGUAUGCGCAAUCCAACAUUGACGACGUCGAGUUUUACCUCCAGCAAAUCGUGCACUUGCUCGUGCAUUCGUGUGACGCUGUUCGAAACAAAGACAAACUCGUGGAUGCGGUGCUGUCUAUCUGCAAAGCCAAGACGUACACGGCGCACCUGGGCAACUCGAUCCAUGUAGCGCUUCACUUGUUCUGGCUACUUGAAGCCAUGCUCCACGACUGCCAUGGCACAGCCACGUACAACAUCGUGGCCAUGCUCAUCAUGUCCAUCGAAGCGCAAGUGGUGAACCAGCACUUUGAGCUGCGGGACCUCGUCCGGCUCUUUCACGACGUCCCAGGUCUCAAACAGUCGAUCCUGCGACCUGUCGCAGAUGCCAAACACGACGAGACGCGCGCGGCGCAACCGACGCCAUUACCCUCGUCAUCCAACGGCCCCGUGUCACAUGACACUAUCACGACCGUGGCCACCUUGUCCGAGGCCGAGAAGACCACGCUGCUUGCGUGGAUCGAAGCCGAACGCCUAAAACGGUACAAGUACUUUCACCAAGAACGCGACUUUAUCGUCGCCCUCGCCGGCAUCUCGGAAACCAUGCGGCACAUGGAGCCGCGGGAAAGUCGCAAGGCGGCACUGCCGGGCCUGCUGGCCCGUCUCGUCAUUCCCGACAUGGCGUACAUCCCACUGGGCCGCGCGUCGGACCCGUACUGCCGCGUGCUCAGGGUGCUCGAGGCCGAAGGGACCGUGUUCUCAACCCACAGCCGCGCCCCAGUGCUCAUUUGCUUUGAAGUGGUCCAAGAAGCGUCACCCCCUCGUGCGGCGACUGGCUGCACGUCCCAAGCGGCCACGUAUGACCAAGACACACUCGAGUGUAUCCAAGCGACGUACGCGGCGCUCUUCUUCCGGUCGGCGUCUUGCGACCUCACAACCGACGACAACCCGCCGCCAGAGGACGCCGUGUCGUUGGCGUCCAUCAAGGACAUAGUGGACCAGAACAUCCAGGCGACGAUCAUGCGGCGCACGUCCAAGACAGCGUACGACAUGAGUCUGGCCAAACUCAUGGAGCCCACGGUCUUUGGCGAGAGCUGGGCCGCGAAGAAGAAGCGGCUGCAAGUGGCGUCGCCGUACGGCCACCUGCGCGGGUGGAACGUCGUGUCGCUGAUCUCGAAAAGCCACGACGACAUGCGGCAAGAAGUGUUUGUGUUGCAGUUGAUUGCCCAGAUCCAAGGCAUUUUUCGCGACGCGCAUCUGCCGCUGUGGCUUCGAGCGUACCGCAUCGUCUCGACGGGCCAUUCCACGGGGCUCAUUGAAACCAUCACGGACGCGCAGUCGCUUGAUGCGAUCAAAAAGUCCAAGCCCUCCACCUCCCUAAAGGAUCACUUUGACCAGACGUACCCCGCGCCGGCCGCCCGCGACCUCGCGACGCUCAACUUUAUGCACAGCCUCGUCGGAUACUCGCUCGUGUGCUACAUCUUGCAAGUCAAGGACCGACACAACGGCAACAUCCUGUUGGAUUCAGAAGGACAUGUGAUCCACAUUGACUUUGGCUUCGUCCUUGGGAUUGCGCCCGGGGGAGGAUGGAGUCUCGAGAGCCAGCCCCCGUUCAAACUCACCAAGGACAUGGUCGACGUCCUUGGCGGCGUCGCCUCGCCCCUCUUUGCCCAGUUUGUCGAGCUGUUCACGCACGGGUUUCUGGCGCUGCAGCGGAAUGCAGAAAAGAUCAUCACGAUGGUCGAAAUCAUGAUGCACAAGGCAACAUAUCCGUGCUUUCAGAACCGGGACGUGGUCAAGGACUUGCAAAAGCUCCGCGAUCGGUUCGUGGAGACGCUGCCGAUGGACGACACGGUCGAGCACGCAGUCAAGUUGGUCAAGCUCAGCUACAAGAACAAGUGGACGAAGCGCUACGACCAGUUUCAGAAAAUCACCAACGGCAUCCUGCCUUAACCCGUCACUUUCGAUUCCAGCUUAUACACGAUUAAACCUAGGACCGAGCUUUCUUGGAGUUGGUUGUUGCCCCGUCGUCAAAUUCGAAUUGGGAGAGCCGCAGCCCGUCCAGAUCGUCCACCGCCCCGUCGUCGUUGGUGGUAGUAGUACUACUAGUA